CAGACACUCGUGGGCUGAAGUGUUCCGCAACGCUGCUGUGUCUCACUGCAGAAUCUUCAGUCAAAAAAAAACUGCCUCUGAUUUGUGCUUCAGGAUGGCUUUUGCAGAUAACAGCCUAGAUAUCUGGACUAAUUUCUUGGGACAAAACUCUCUCUUGCAACCUCUAUGGGACAACCUGAGGCUAAACUACCAGGACUAUGUGAGAUCUCCCCUCUUCCCUGUUGUUCUGACUGUGUCUUCGUAUUUCAUCUUCUGCAUCCCUUAUCUUGUUUGUGACAUCAUGGGGGAUAGGUGGCCUUGGGUGCAACAAUUCAAGAUACAGCCGAGCUACCGACCAACAGUCUCUUCAUUGCUGCACUGCACCGGUGUCACCUUGUACAACCAUGUGUUUCUCGUGCUCCCUGCAUCAGUGGCUCAGUGGCUAUGGAGACCACCGGCAGACCUCCCAGACCAGGCUCCCAGGCUGAUAGUGCUGAUUGUUGGGGUGAUAGGCAACCUCCUUCUUUUUGAUUUCCAAUACUUUAUUUGGCACCUGCUCCAUCACAGAAUCAGGUGGCUGUACAUCACCUUUCAUGCCAUCCACCACAAGUACUCAUCUCCCUUUGCUCUUGCCACCCAGUGUCUGGGUGGCUGGGAGCUGGUCACAGUGGGGUUUUGGACCACUCUGAAUCCCGUGGUCCUGAAAUCUCAUCUACUCACCACAUGGGUUUUCAUGUUAGUGCACGUGUAUGUUUCGGUGGAAGAUCAUUGUGGCUAUGAUUUCCCCUGGUCCACAUCUCGUCUGAUACCAUUUGGCAUCUAUGGAGGACCCAGUAAGCACGAUGUGCACCAUCAGAAACCCAGCACCAAUUUUGCACCUCACUUCAGUCACUGGGACAACAUAUUUGGCACACAUGCCGACUUCAGCUUCUGUAAUGCUAUGAAAUAAGGUGCGGUUGAAAGCAGCUGAAUAACAGGUGUCUGCUUUUGUGUGACUGUGCAUAUUUUUGUCCUAGAACAGAAAUAAACAGAUGCAUGCAGUUCUAAAAAUCAUGUAAGAAGUUAGUAAGUUGCUUUAACCAAAAUGCAUUUUGUCUUUUCUAAAGUGUGUUUCCAUUUGCAGUUAUGUAACAAACUCUAAUAAAUGCAUAUG